GAGGAUGGUUGUAUCGAGAUCAGACACCAUCAAGGUAUUCAAUUUUACCUAGUACGAAACCGAACGUAAACAUCUAGAUUCUUCUGGAAUCGUAUUAUACAGCUGUAUCAACCUCUCAUCGGAGAGAGGCGGUGAUCGCUCACAAACCAGAAUAUUUCACUCGGAUCAUCGGUGGCGGUAAAUCAAACCAAAUCGAAUUUAGGUUUCAAACUUCUGAAUCAUCUCGAUCGGACAAGCCUCAUUGAGGCAGUUCUCAGUUCAAAUCUUAUGGAGGAAAAGCAGCCUUCAGCUGAAAGUUCUAGUGUAAGUGAUGGUGGCAGUGAAAGUUCAGAAUUGGUUGUGGAGCUCAAUGUGAAGACUCUAGAUUCACGAAUCUACAAAUUUAAUGUAGAUAAAAAUAUGCCUGUUUCAGUCUUCAAGGAGAAGAUAGCCAAUGAAACGGGUCUUCCAAUUGUUCAGCAACGACUGAUUUUCAGGGGGAAAGUGCUGAAGGAUGAUCAGCUCCUUUCGGAGUAUCACGUGGACAAUGGGCACACAUUACAUCUAGUUGAAAGACAGCCUUCUGAUUCUCAAAGUUCUGGUUCAAGCACUGGUGAAACAAGUACAAACAAUGGAGGACAAGAUGCAGGUGUUACUGGCUCUCGUGGUCGUGUUGGGCAUAUAUCACAUAGUGUGGUACUUGGGACACUAAAUCUUGGUGAUCAAGUCGAGGGUGUAGUGCCAGAUUUAAGUAGAGUUCUUGGAGCUGUUUUAAAUUCUAUUGGUAUUGGGGCGCAGGCUAUGCCUGGUGGGGUGCCUACUGUCCAGGCUAAUGCACCUGGCCAGAGCCAUCCAAAUGCUACAGAAAGAAGUCAGAAUGGCAGUGGUGUUCACAGCCAAGCAUCAGGUCAGACACAACAAGGACAAGGAUUGUCUGAUCAAUCCUUACCCCAUGUUUUGCGAAUACCUAUUGGGGCAGCUAUACCUGUUCCUACUCUUCAUACGCCUAUUCCUGACUCUCUGCGCACACUCUCCGACUUCAUUAGCAGAAUGGAGCAUGUAUUAUCACAGAAUGGUUAUGGGUCAAAUCAACCCUCAUCUGGAGAUUCAUCAACCGUUGAACUGCCUUCUAUUGCACAUGGAUUGUCUACACAUGAAUCACUCAGCAUUGUCAUGCGACAAGCAGAAAGGCUCCUUAGUAAUCAUGCAACAGCCGCACUCUCUCAUAUUGCAGGGCGUUUAGAAAGAGAGGGGAGUUCUAUGGAUCCUACAAUUAGGGGUCAAAUUCAGACUGAAUCGAUACAAGUGGGGAUGGCAAUGCAACAUUUAGGUUCUCUCUUGCUAGAGUUAGGAAGGACAAUUUUGUCAUUGCGAAUGGGGCAGACUCCUGCUGAAUCAUUUGUCAGCUCUGGGCAUGCGGUGUAUAUAUCAUCAUUUGGGCCAAACCCAAUCAUGGUUCAACCUUUUCCACUUCAAGCCACCACAAUGUUUGGAGCUUCUCCUCCCAACCCAUCAAAUCAAGGUAGCUUUGGCUCAGUUGGCAUUGGUACCGUUCCCAGAAACGUCAACAUUCACAUACAUACUGCUGUCGCUCCUGGGGCAGCUGUUAUGGAAGGCUCACAGGGAGAUGGGAAUAGUGGCCCUGCUGACUCUGGUCAAACACAGGAAUCUGUUCUGGCUGGAAUGAAUCCACGGCCUAGAAACUAUGAUAAUGGGCAAAAUGGGAACCCAGUUCUAUCAGGUCAAUCAGCGAAUAUCACUGCCCAGAGUGCUGCAGGUGGUUUUCCCAAGGGGAAGGCAGAUUCCAAGUUUGAACAGCUCAGUAUGCAGGACGGAGGAGGCUCUUCAAAUACAAAAGAUAUACCUUCUGGUAGCUCAGAAAAUACUAUGUCUGUUCCUCUUGGUCUAGGGAUGGGUGGUUUGAAGCCUAAGAGGCGGGUUAAGCCGGAAAGGUCUCAAGAUAGGAGGAGCAGCAGCGAGAGUGGCGGUUCUGAUGAUUCGAAUGUGGAAGAACAAAUGAGGGUACAUGCUCAUCAGGUCCUUGAAACACUUAAAUCAUUUACAGAUAGAAGUCCAGAAACUCCAUCUGCUAGACAAAUGUCGAUGCAAAGGACAGAAAGGGGAGGAGUAGGAGGAGGACAAAGCUCAAAUGCCCAGUUUGACAUUGCAAGUGCAAUGUCACAGGUUCUCAAUAAUCCCGCUUUUAGUGGUCUACUUGCAGGCGUUUCUGAACAAGCAGGGGUUGGAUCUCCUGAGAUGUUGAGGGACAUGAUGAUGCAAAUUACACAGAAUCCUGGAAUGAGGAAUACCAUCACUCAAAUGGCACAACAGUUUGAAGGACAAGAUCUUGGAAACAUGUUUGGUAGUUUUGGAAGAGCUGGACCUGGAGGAGCCGGAGGUGGAGGUAUGGAUUUAUCAAGUAUGUUUCAACAGAUGAUGCCUUUGGUUUCGCAAAUGCUCGGAGGCGGGUCCACUGUUCCUGGUAUGCCUUCUUACGAAGCUCAGAGAAGGCUCGGUGGAGAUGAUGUACUUUUCCAUAACAUUCAGGUUGAUCUCCAGGAUGUGGUGGAGAGGAUAGUAAACCAAGAUGCACCUAGAGAAAUCUUCUGUUCGAUGGUUGAAGCGGCUGCUCAAUUGGACGAUACUUGCAGUGAUCAACUCAUAGAAGAGCUCUGUGAUGAUGAAGGCCUUGCAAAGGAAUUUAUGGAAUUGCUACGCCAAGACAUAUCUCGCCGUUUGGAGGGUCCAAAUAAGAAUAGUUAGCAUAUUUCAUUCUUUCGAUGGAGUUGGUUUUUUUUUCUCGGAGUUUGAUUUUUUUUGUUAUCCUUGGAUUAUCUAUAUGCUUAGGCACCAUUUCUGAUGUUUCCAUUCCUAUUUUAUGUGAAUUGUAUCAUGAUUGUUCAUAUAGAAACAUCCUUGGUUUAUUAAAGGACAACAAGCAUCUGAAGUAUCCUUUUGGAUUCAAGAGCUGCGGCUAAGUUUUGAUUCAGACUACAAUCUGGUGUUUUUGGUCAGAUAGAAAUGCACAAUGGCAGUUUUUUUCAUUAUUUAAUUUUGAUGAGAUAAUAAUUAUUUCA